CGAUUUGUUCCACUUAUUAACACCCUAAAGAAAACAGAGACAUUUCAACGCGUCCAGCGCAGGAAGUUUCACUUUAUAGUUCUGUAACCCCAUGACACAGAGAUGCCGGGGCUCAGUUGUCGAUUUUACCAGCACCGGUUCCCAGAGGUGGAGGACGUUGUGAUGGUGAACGUCAGGUCCAUCGCCGAGAUGGGAGCCUACGUCAGCCUCCUGGAGUACAACAACAUCGAGGGCAUGAUCCUCCUGAGCGAGCUGUCCCGUCGACGUAUCCGCUCCAUCAACAAGCUCAUCCGCAUCGGACGCAACGAGUGCGUCGUUGUCAUUCGUGUCGACAAGGAGAAAGGGUACAUUGAUUUGUCAAAAAGGAGAGUUUCACCAGAGGAGGCCAUCAAGUGUGAAGACAAAUUCACUAAAUCUAAAACUGUGUACAGCAUCCUGCGACACGUGGCAGAGGUGCUGGAGUACAGUAAGGACGAGCAGCUGGAGAGCCUGUACCAGCGCACCGCCUGGGUCUUUGACGAGAAGUACAAGAGGCCGGGAUACGGAGCUUACGACGUCUUCAAACAGGCCGUGUCAGAUCCCACCAUCCUGGAUGGCCUGGACCUAACAGAGGAGGAGAGGGAUGUGCUGAUCGAUAACAUCAACAGGCGACUCACUCCGCAGGCCGUCAAAAUCAGAGCAGACAUUGAAGUUGCGUGCUAUGGAUAUGAGGGUAUCGAUGCAGUAAAGGAAGCUCUGAGGGCCGGUCUCGGCUGCUCCACAGAGUCCAUGCCCAUCAAGAUCAACCUGAUCGCCCCUCCUCGCUACGUGAUGACGACGACCACUCUGGAGCGAACAGAGGGCCUGUCUGUGCUCAACCAGGCCAUGGCUGCCAUCAAGGAGAAGAUCGAAGAGAAAAGAGGCGUCUUUAACAUUCAGAUGGAGCCCAAGGUGGUGACGGACACGGAUGAGACGGAGUUGGCCCGGCAGCUGGAGAGGUUAGAAAGAGAGAACGCUGAGGUGGACGGAGACGACGACGCAGAAGAGAUGGAGGCCAAAACAGAAGACUAGAGUCGGUCCUCCAUGAAAGAGAAAUUCUCAAAGCAGCUUUUUUUUUUUUUUGGACAGACCUGGGCUCAGCUUUAACAUCGCAAACAUUAAAUGGCAUUUAAUUGGAAAAAUCUGUUUGAAGAUGACACCAACAUGGACACAGAAGGUUACGCGUCAAACAGCAGUAUAGUCUCUAAGUAUGCUCAUUUGAAUAAAUAGAUGCUGUUUCCAGUGGCCUUCACUUACCUCUUGUUUCAAAGCCCAGUGUCUUCAGCUCUUCAUCUCUGGAUGUGACUGAAGGCUACAGCACUCAGUGGUGACUUCAUCUGGUAAUUAUCUAAUUUAAGAGUGUUUACCAGCAAGACCUGCUUCUUGUUCAGAUCAAGUAAAAUCAAUAAAAGUCUAGAAAUUUUUA